AUGUCCGAGACUGCCAAAAUCAGAAGUGUCUUCGAAGGGAUAGAAAACGAUGCUUGCAACAUGGUACUUGCCAAGAAUCCUCAGUCCGUCAUAAACAUCAUCACUGUCAUGGACAGGGAGGUAUUGAGGUUCCUGAAGUUUGCCGAAGAGCAGUGCGAGGGCGACCUCGAGUUGCUCGAGAGGGCCGCCUUUGUCGCCCGGGAUGUAAUGAAGAUGCCUUUACUGCUCGACCCAUGUACGCAGCAAAAUGAAGGAGGUGCCCGCUGCUGGAUGUUGACUCAUACGGAAAAGUUGAACGAGCUCCUGAACCCCUUCGGCAUUGACUUUGACGAACUGCGCGAAGGCAGCCUAGACUUCAACAUGAUCCGCGACGAUCCCAUGGCUCCGUACGACCCCAAAGCUGCGGUGCUCUUCUUGGCUACAUUGUGGUUUCUGCGCGAGCACCGCUGUUUCUCGGGCGUCAGCCUGAACGUGUCAGUGCUGGAGCGGUUUCACCCGGUGCAGUUCCUGCAACACAUCACGUUCUCCAAGCGGGUGGUCACGGCCCACCUGACCGGCGUCGAGGGAAUCGAGCUCCCUUUCGAAGUGUGCCCUCUGGUUCGGCUUCUCGACCAAACGGAGCUGCUUACGCACGUCAGCCUCGACAGGGUAACACUAAUGGAAGCUGAGGGGACAUGUCUGUCUUCGCUGGUGGUUACCAAUCCCGGACUCCACUGUUUGGCCCUUCGGAACGUAACCAUAAAAGACUCCGUUCUGGCCAGACUCGCGCAGGAGUUCAAAGAGCACCGCCGACCGCGAGAGUUCGAACUGCGAGGGAGGAUCCGCUACAGUACGACACGCACUGAACUGGUCUCGGGGCUGCUGGACAGCUCCUUGCAAAUUCUAAGCCUCGAUAUCACGUGCGAUCUGACCCCGCUGUUCGAGAAGCUCAAGGACAACAAGCAGCUGAUGGAGCUAGAGCUCGGACGCUGUUGCCCAGUCGCCGUCUGUCUAGACGCACUAGCUUCUGCUCUGGCCCAAAAUGUGACGCUGCGGCUACUCACUCUGAGCCUCGACAUGGCGUGGAUGUCGGCCACAAGUUGCUCCUGGAAGCACUUGGGAGACCUGGUUGAGAACAGCUGUGGGCUGGAAACUUUGUGUCUCCGCGAUUCGUGUCUCGGAAUUCACGCUGUGCGCCCGAUCAGCGAGGCCAUGAAAGCGAACGAGAACCUACAGACGCUGAACCUGAUGGGCUGCGGAUUCUCCUGCGCCGACGCCCUGUUGUUCGUGCGGGCCCUUUCUCAAAACGCUUCACAGCUUAUGAAAGUGAAACUCGGCGUCUUAACGGGAAAGGAAGGCGAAUGUAGCCAGCUUUUCCGAGAGAUCCUGGCUGGUGGGCUGCUGAAUCGCCUUGAGUGGGUUUUCAGCAACCCUUUGUAGACAGGUUUUCAGGCAUGCGCGUCGUGUGAGAUGCCGCAGGCUACGUCACUAGCCACCGGCUGCCUUCGACUCAGCUGGCUCGGCGCCAUGCGUAGACACUCGGGCAGACGCAUCAAUGCCAGUUUGCGUGAGUGCAAAAAUAAAGUCGCCAAUGUUGCUUCAGA